CCCCACAGUUCACCUCUGCAGCCACCAUUGCGCGCCGCGACGACCGACGACUCACCCAUCCGCGUCCUCCUCAAAGAAACAGAGCGAGCCGAGAGUGUGAGGUCGACAGGAGGAAGGACCAUGGGCGACAUCACCGCCACCGCCACCGCCGACGCCUCGGGUCCGCCGACGUUGACCAAGGAGACCAACCUCUUCAUGCAAAUCGUCGUCAACCCGGACGGCACGGUGACGCGCCCCGAGGUCCCUCUCGUUCCGUCCUCCGAAGCCGCCGCCGCCGGCGGCGGCGGCCUCGGCCGCGGCGUCAUCUCCAGGGACGUGCCCCUCGACGCCUCCGCCGGCACGUACCUCCGCCUCUACCUUCCCUCCCGUUCCCCCGCAACGUCCUCCGACGCCAAGCUCCCCGUGGUCCUCUACUUCCACGGCGGGGGCUUCGUGAUCCUCUCCCCGGCCACCGUCUUCUACCACGGCCACUGCGAGGCCAUGGCGGCCGCGGUGCCGGCCAUCGUGGCGUCCCUCGAGUACCGCCUGGCGCCCGAGCACCGCCUGCCCGCGGCGUACGAGGACGCCGCGGCCGCCGUGGCGUGGCUCCGCGACGGCGCGCCGGGGGACCCCUGGGUGGCCGCGCACGGGGACCUCUCCCGCUGCUUCCUCAUGGGCAGCAGCUCCGGAGGCAACAUGGCGUUCUUCGCGGCGCUCCGGACCGGGGGUCUCGACAUGGCACCCGCCACGGUGCGCGGCGUCCUGCUGCACCAGCCCUACCUCGGCGGCGUCGACCGGACGCCGUCGGAGGCCGGGUCCGAGGACGACUUCAUGCUGCCGCUGGAGGCCAGCGACAGGCUCUGGAGCCUCGCGCUGCCACUGGGCGCCGACCGGGACCACGAGUUCUGCAACCCCGUCAAGGCCAUGGCGCCGGAGGCCCUCGCCGGCCUGCCGCCGCGGUGCCUGGUCACCGGCAACUUGGACGACCCGCUCAUCGACAGGCAGCGGGAGUUCGCUCGGUGGCUGCAGGACCACAGCGGCGCCGCGGAGGUCGUCGUGAAGACGGACGUCGCCGGGUUCCACGCGUCGGAGCUGUUCGUGCCGGAGAUCGCCGAGGUGCUGUUCGCCGCGAUGCGCGAGUUCCUGUCCACCGGCGACGCCGCUUGACGCGUCGAGUUCUCGUCGUCCCGGUGACCCAGAAGUGAAGAUGUGUUGUUGCUGUUGCAUCGGUGUGUGCAUUCUGUCGUGUGACCGUGCGCAAUAAGCCAAAAAAAAAAAAUCUCGGCACUGUAGUGUUGUUGAGUCUUGGCAACCUGGCACUAUUCUGGUUCAUGCGAGUGAGUUGGACUGCACUUGUCCACAAACAAAUCGCUUUCAUGGAUAAUUCGGGUCUGUUUGGUACAGCUCACAACAACAGCUUCAUAAGCUGUUGUGAGCUGUUUUUUUUUUGCCAAACACUUAUAUCCAAAACAGCUUCAUGGGUGAAGCUAUUUUUCC